AGCAAUGUUUAUUGAUUGAAAAAACCGACUGUUGAAAACGUUUCGUUAUUCGCGUUGCGGAUUUGAUUUAACUAUUUUCGCUUUUGUAACAUGUAACGAUACAAAAACACAACUGUUCGUAUUUUUUCUGGGAGUUGAUUCAACGAGCAAACAUGGGCGUCACAAUAUUGCAACAAUUCCCUAUGAAAGAAAAUCGCACUGGCGCCCAGAUAAUUGAAUUUCUUACAAAAAGGGUGAAUGCACUUGGUGCCAAACAAUGUGGUACGUUUCUCGUCGAUUGCGAAACUUACGCGUCCAUACCGCAAUUAGGUACCCAGCGAACGUUACACGUGUUUCAUAAUUCGGAACAACCGGCAUCGGUGUUUGCCAUUCUCGAUAACGGUAAUGGAAAAACAGUGCCUGUUGUGGCAGAUGGGUUGUUUGAUUUGCUUUUGAUGAAGAUGUCUUCUGUGUACACUUCCAAAAAAUCCAAAGUUGAAAUAAGGGGUCCUCGAUUUGAGCUGAAUGAUUUUGUCAUUAAAAUUGGUGCAAUAAAUAUCAAUCACAAUGUCAAGGGCAUCAUUGUAGAGGCAGAGUACAGGCCUUGUGUCGUAUUUGGCUUGUGUUGGGAUAUGUUACGAGAAUUUCUACAAGGAUUUUUAGGAUCAUGUGUGUCAAAUGUUCCUCCACAUUAUUUUCAAAAUCGUACAAAUGAUAUAUUUCAACCACUGGAUACCAUUCAACAAUAUUUAGAUCACAUUACCAUAUACAAAAAAGCUACCGGAGUAUUACAACAGUAUAAUAAUACCAAUACGACUUAAAUAAACUCUUAUUAUUCUAUAAUAUUGUGAAAAAUUC